AGCAACACCCCUCGGGCACACUGCAGAAGCUUCUUAUGCUCAUGGGGCCUUCUCAGCUUGUCCGUGCCCCUCGGCCCCGGGGCCUGAGUUCCCCUUACCGUAGGCCAGGUAUGGGUUGGCCCCGUCCCCGGAUUCCCAGUAUGUUCAAGUGUAGCCGCAGAAGGUACCGGCAGAAACCUCAAAGCCCAGCUGCCACCAAUCUUCCCACCAUGACCACAGAAAUCAGCAACACCCAUACUGCUACCACCAGUGUGUGGAUCCUCUCACCUCAAGUUCUCAGACACCUCUGUCAACCUGGGAGCUUUCUGAUCCUUUAGAAAUGCCCAGAAGCUUGGCUUACUCUGGACCUUCAUCUUCAAGGGGCUGUGGAUGGUGAACCACAAAUAAAAUCGUUCUGCUCAAACUA